AAAUUUCGGCGUCUGUAAAAGUCCCAGAGACGCACAUAGAGGGGGAUCAUCACUGAAAGUGUGUCGAGAAAUGAUAAGCUGAAGGCGAUGACCACUUCUUGUAUUCGCGCGCCGACUCUGCUCGAGAGAGUGUCUCGACUAUGCCCUGAUUAGUCUCUUGGUCCAGUUCUCUGCUAACAUGUGACAUACGUUCAACGAGUGCAAAGUGUCAAAAAGGAAUCGACUUAUAACCUUAAAGUGCAGUGCCAAAGAUCAUCCAACAUGUUUGUAAGAUACUUAAUAGUUUUAGUUCUCUUAACCUACAAUCGGGCGAGUGCUUCGAAUGUGACUUUCGAGGAAUUUCCGGCCUCGUAUCUCAAAUACGUGCAGGGUAACUCGUUAUGGACCGGCAUCUUCAAAGAAUGCAAGAAACCCACAAUGUUCUGCAUACAAAAUCAGGUCUUUAAAUACCUCAAAUCCACCCUUGAUUAUACCGGCGACGUGCAGUUUACACCCUACAUGAAAUUCGCACAAAAUACAGUCGACUAUAACGACGUAAAGCGUAACUUACACAUUGACAAUUCGACUGAAGAGUACUAUGAAGACACAUCCCCUUUGGAGGACAUGUCGCGCUCCCUGCAAGACGACACCCUAAAAUUCAUGAUGACACACAAUUUGGAACUCCAAUUACCGGAAACCAUAUUCCAGAACGCCAUCUUGAAAUUAUCACCCCGCUCCAUCGAUGGAAAUGGCGCGAUGGUGAAGAUGGAGUUUUUACCCCCCGCUGAGUUCGAAGAAAGUGCGGGGGAAGGAAGGACAAUUAAGAAAAUAAAAAAAUUUCUUGGAGAACGUCUCAUGUACGCGCUCAUGGCCAUCCUCAUGGUGAUCAAACUUUUGGCAGUAAAAUUCCUGUUCGUCCUUCCAGCAGUGAUGGGAGUAGCCGCGGCCAAAAAGCUAAUCUUCAAACUCCUCCUGUUCGUCUUUCCGGCCCUGCACCAUCUCUUCAAGUGGUGCGCCUACGUGCCCCACGGCACGAAGUUCCACCACCACAAGCAUCACAUACAGCACUACCACCACGUACCACCAGGUCAUGGUCACGGUCAUGGUCAUGGUCACCAUGGGGUUGAGGUGAUCGCGCCCCAUUCCGACGGCCCACCGGUGCACACCCCUAUAGAUACUUAUAAACACGAGACCUUGGGGCCCUUUAAGCACUGGUUUAAUCCUGAGGAGACUGGGGAGUUGCAGUAUAAUAGUGGAGGGCCUUACUUUGGAGGAUACAUAACCAACCGACACGAUUCAAGUCAGGCAGACAAUGAGGUUUAUCCAUGGGGUCAAGGUCAGGACAAUCGGCGGACCAAACCAGAAAUAAAGUUACCAGGUAUACAGGAUAUAGAGAAUAUGGUUUUAAAGGCAGAAAAGGAAGCAUUGAUCAAGGCAAGACUUCAACAAGAAAAGCUGAAAAUCCACGAAGAAAACCUCCGUCUGCAAGAACAACUGAACAACGCGAUAAAACACCAAGAAAAACUCAAACAACAGGCGAAUUUAGUUACCAAAAAAGUUAUACCACAAGGCGGAGUCAAUCAACAGGGUUUUAGACAACCGAGCAUAUAUCUACAAUCACCGCCAGUCAAAAAUGUCGACUACAAUAAGUUGAGUCAUCUGCAUCAUGUCAAUGCGAUGUCGCCUGCUGUUUUUAAUGUGCAACAUAAUCAAGUUAUACCUGAGAAGAGUAAUAAUUAUUUAGGCAAUCAUCAACAAAAUGUACAGAUAAGUGAGGCUCAGCAGAAUCAGAUUGCUGCUGUUUUGGCUAAGAAAAACCGGGAGCAACUUGCUAAUCAAGAGAAGGAAAUAGCAGGCUUAAUAGCAAAAGAACAGCAACAACUGCAGCAGAAGAAGCAACAACAAUUCAGCAACCACAUCAAUAACCUAACAGCUACAUCGGUUAAAUACCAACCAACCCCGUACGAGAAAGAACUUUUAACCGCAGCUAGCAUAACCUACGACCCCUUCUACAGCCCAAUAUUGGAGAAAAUCGACCAUAUUCUAAUGGGCUUGGGCUUUAUGGAGGAGCCUUGCAGAGAACGAUUGAUUUGCAGCAUGUAUAAGAGCCCGAUGAAGUUCAGCCCGCACAGUAACCUACUUUCAGCCGAGCUAAGCAGGGAUUCCAAUGAACUUCAAAAACCGACCGCAACAAAUGCAGCUGUGGUAAGGUUCUACAAAUACGUGCAAGCAGCAAGAGAUGGUCAAGAUAAAAGGGACUGUCUUAGAUUGUAUCCAACAUGUGCUGUUAAUACGGAGCAAUAAACAACCAUUUAAUCGAAGAAGAACAACAAAAAAUAUAGAAGAGAAAGAAGUAUAGUGAAACAAUGAAACUAGAAAAUUAAUAUUCAAUUAAAGUGUUGUUUAAAAAACUAAUUCGAGAAACUUAUCGUAAAAGACUUUUUUAUGAGUUAAAGACUUUUGUGAACUAUUGACUCAAAUAACUGUUAAAAAUGUUGUUAUUCAGUCAUAAAUAAUAAUCGAGUAGGUCAAACUGUACGCUAUCCGUAUAAUUUUAAAAGUAUUUAUUACUUUGGAUAGUUUUUGAAACCAGUUUUUAUUUUUUUGUAUGUGCCAAGCAAAUAUUUUUAUAAUAACCUAUAACCCUACACUGUAUUAUUUAAAUUUUUAGAAAAAAUAUUUGUCAGCCAGCUAAACGAAAUUAAAAACAAUUUUAAAUUGGACAAGAAUUAUUAAAAACAGUUUUU